AUGUAUCGUGGGGCUUGCACCGACGAUACUUUCCAGUCAAGCGGGUGUCCCAAGUACUGCGACAAGAGCGACAUACCUGGAGGCGACAGUUCGCUGCAUAUCGGCGUCUGGACUUGUGGUAACGCACGAUUCUCUUGCAGCAACCUACAGAAUUGUGCGACCGGCAACUUCACCGUCAGUCUUCCCGGCAAGAUUUUAUUAAACGAAGCGGCAAGCACGGAUCUUGGCGACUGUCCCGCGGCUACAUCGACAACUGGAAACAGCACUGUUACGUGCCCUGCGGACAGCCAUACAGACACCCAAGGCAGCAUUUCUCCAGGCGCCGCGGCGAGCAUUGGCGUUGGCGUCGGCGUGCCUCUUGCAAUUAUUGCUGGGGCACUGGCUUUGAUGCUAUUGCGCGAGAAGAAGAAGACGGCGAAUACCACGCAAACAUUAGAGAUGACUGAGAACGACGGCUCAAAAACUGGUGGUUCGAAUUCACAGUUCGUUUGGGGCUAUGCCAACGCGGUUGCUCCCGAGCUAUCUAACCAGCAGCAUGUUCGACACGAGCUGCCUCAAUGA